AUCUGCAACUCAUUAAACGUAUUUCUGACAAAAUUCAGCCUGAAGUAAUACCAUCUUCAUCGAAAGCAGCUGACAGCAAGACUGAGGACGGCUCUGGCAACAAAAGAGAUUUAUCACAGUUAAACAAUGCUGGUGUUACAAACAAGAUGGCGGUUGAUGCUGGUGAUGGAGAAUCUACAGAAAAGGGGGAGGUUACUCUUGGGGAAAGAGAGGGGCGUAAAAUUGUCCCCAUAUCCACAACAGAUGUAUCAUUAUCUGCAACAGUUACUAAGUCAUCUGUGAUGAAAUCAGUGACAAAUGACAAAUCUGUCACAGAUAAGCAGUUAUCUGUUUCUGAUACUCCACAGCUUGUCACAAAUGCGCCAUUGUCUCCAAAAGAUGUGUCCGUUUCUACAACGGAUACUCCCUUAUCUACAAAAAAUAUUUCAUCACCUAUAUCAGAUCCGUUAGUACAGAACAACUUGCUCCCAGAAAACCUAGAAACGGAUACAGAAAUUCAUGACAAACAGUUGGAAAAAUCAGAACCGGGGAUAGUUUCCUUCCCAGCUUCAGAAGUGGGAAAAAUUAAAAACAACAAGGAUGAUCAGGAUUUGGAAAACGAGAAACAAAACAAAGCUGAUAGCAGUGUUGUUGAAGUAGUGAGAGCUCCGUCUGUUGUUGUUGAUGCUGUGUUGCCAUUGGCUGCUUGUGCUGUAGAAGUUUCCAGUAAAAGCAGUACUGCUGCGAGUGACUGUGCUGCUGAGACGGAACUACAUGGAGAAGAUUCUAACAAUACACCUGAUGAAGUCUCAGUACCUUUGUCAAGUUCUAAUCAGUUCAGUAGUAAAAAGGCAUCAGACCAAACACUGAGCACAAGUAACAGUGAAAUAUCAACUCUGCAACCUCAUGAUGAAAAGGUUUCUGCUUCAGUGACCAACAGAACUGUGGAGCUUACAGUUUCUAAGACAAAAGCUCAUGAUAAAAAUGAAGAAGCUCAGGUCUCCAGUUCUGAACAGACUGUAAGAUUAGUUUCUUCUGUGCAAGACAAUAUUUUAGAAAAGACAACGAACCCUAUAGGAGAUACUUUAGGAGAUGCAGAUAUAGGGAAGUGUGUUUCAAAGGCUGAUGAAAGAGAAAAGCAGUGUCAGUCAAAUCAGUUAUGUGAAUCUGAUGGCAAGGACUUGGUAAAGUCCUCUCACAAUGUUUCAGCUGCUGGAUCUCCUUCACCUUGCUUGUCUUCCAUCUCAGUAGUUUCAUCAUCUGACACAUGUUCCUCAACAACAUCUGUUGAAACAACCAGCCCUGGUUCAACAUAUAAAGAGAGCCUGCAGAAAGUCAUUGACUCCUGCAAGGCCAAGUUAGGGAUAGAUGAGGAGAAUCUGAAUAACGAGGAGAAUGAUGUUGUUGUGCUGCAAGGAGAUGAGGAGGACGACAGCAUUAUCAUCAGUGAUAAUGAGGCUGAAUAUGAUAGUGAUGUCCUUCUGAUGGAUACCGAUGAACACAGCCAAGAACUGUCAGAUCCAGCAUCCACAGAUGUGGCAAAUAGUGUUGCUGAAGUACAGUCUUCUGAUGCUUCAGCGUCGCUGAAAGAGGCCUCAACUUUGAAUCCUGCUACUGGAAGUUUUGAACAGUUAGAUGCUGACUUGCAUUCAGAAAUGCCUACAGAAGACACUGUCACAUCAACAGAUAAGAGCAUCUCUUCAAAAUCAGUGCCGGACACCGAGAAAACAGACACCAAAGAACUUGAGAAAAACACCGACAGUGACAAAGAUAAAAACACUGAUUAUUUAGACAUAGUGUCGCGCUCACUCAAAAAGAAAGAUGGCCGUUUUUAUGCAGUAAAUGAAGCGCCCGUCGCCACCAACUUUAACAUGUCUGUGAUAUCAGGGGAUCAGAGUAGAUCUCCCACUUCUGGCGUAAGCGCAGAAACUUCUACAGAUAAAACAGAUUCUAAUCCUGCUGAAACUAUUUCUGUGCAGUCUGCUCCAGUGGCUACAACUGUAAAUGCAGUUUCUGUUGAUCAAACAUCAGAUGUUAUAAAAUCUGGAGAUAAAGCUGUGUCUGAACCAAAUACUAGCAAGCAUUCAGCUAAAGCACGUGAAACUGUUGAUGAAGCAUCCAUCAUGGGUUAUGAUGAUGAGUAUGGUAGUUGUGCAGAUGAAGGUAUGACUUUGGAUAUGGAAGUGGUGUGUUCCGAUGGGCCUGAGGAGGACAAUGAUGAGGAGAUUGUUUCAGAUGAGGAAGUUGUAAGGACUGCAACUGCCAGCAGUAGUGAUAAAAACAUUGGUAGAAAAACGAAUGUCAGCAGCAGAAACUCCAUGCAGGGUACUAUGCUAGCUCCAGGUCGCAUCAUUAUUGUAGGAAAUAAGAAUUCUAGCGACACUUCUUCAAGCCUUGCAAAUUACACAGCCCUCCGAGGUGCACUGACAACUCCAUCUUCUGCAUUGAACGUUAACCAGCAUUCCAAGAAAAGUUCAUCAACUUCCUCCAGCACAGUUUCCACAAGUGGGGGUAUCGUCCGGGCAGCAUCCAAUAACAAUAUCCCAUCUACAGUGUCAAAGAUGUCUGAGAAUACAGAAAUCAGGGCUUCUGCUGUUAAGCAGAAAAUGUCACAACUAUUGUCAUCAAAGCAGAAAAGAAAAUUAGUUGCUAAACCCAGUUAUAUAGUUAUCUCUCAUGAUGGUUGCACUGGUGUCGGUAGUGGUGACUUUGGUCAUGAUAGUACUGAAAGCAGAAGCCCCAGAGACAGCCGUGAAGAGAAUACCAGAAUAAAUGCAAGCGUUGAGCUCAAUGGAAAUGAAGAAAAUGCGGAGAAUCAUCUCAAUCCAGCACGAAG